GAGUAUCUAAAUAAAGUCUGACUUGGACCAAAUAAAUGACGCUCGCUAGCUAGCUCCUUUUAAGACAUGGGAGGAGCAUGAGCAACUACCGACUCCUCCAGCUUAUCUGCUUGAGUGGAAGACUGCAUGCUUGUUGCUAGCUGCAUCAAGAGCAUCCAGACAUAUCGAUCGAGCUCCUACUCCUGGCGGUGGCGGGAAAUAUAAUAUUGUAUACUAUACGUCCACAGCCACAGUUUCUUGGUAGAAAGAUCGGCAGAUCAUGGUAGUCAAGGAGUUCGGAAGAGAAGUAGUAAUGAGCAUGGACAAGGUGAAGAGGGGUGGAGAAGCGCUCAUGGCCGCCGGAGCCGGAGCCGGAGAUGAAGAGAAAGAUGACGCGGUGCUCCCUGGGUUCCGGUUCCACCCGACCGACGAGGAGCUCGUCACGUUCUACCUCCGCCGGAAGGUGGCCAGGAAGCCGCUCAGCAUGGAGAUCAUCAAGGAGAUGGACAUCUACAAGCAUGAUCCAUGGGACCUCCCUAAGGCGAGCACGGCUGCUGGUGGCGAAAAGGAGUGGUACUUCUUCUGCCUGAGAGGAAGGAAGUACCGGAACAGCAUCAGGCCCAACAGGGUCACCGGCUCCGGCUUCUGGAAGGCCACCGGCAUCGACCGGCAUAUCUACCCUGCCACCGCGAACCCCGUCGAGUCCGUGUCCGUCGGGCUCAAGAAGUCCCUCGUGUACUACCGCGGCAGCGCCGGCAAGGGCACCAAGACCGACUGGAUGAUGCACGAGUUCCGCCUCCCGCCGGCCGCCGCCUCGCCCUCGCCAACGCCGACGAGCAUGCAAGAAGCUGUAAGCGAAAUCCAUUCCACGCUAACUUCAAUUCCACCAAUCCAGUUCACAGUUUCACCACACGACAGCAUGCAUUUCCGACAUGAAUGCAUGGCAUGCAGAUUGCAGUUCCACUUCCACCAAAGAGAAUUUGUUGGCUUCCACCAAAUAAAGAUAAUGUUCUGGAAAAAAAAUGCAGGAGGUGUGGACCAUCUGCAGGAUCUUCAAGAGGAACAUCGCCUACAAGAGGCAGCCGCAGCUGCCGGCGUGGAGGCAGCAGCAGCAGUCCAGCUCCAACACGGGGAGCUUCGAGUCCGACGGCGGCGGCGGCGGGGACGAGUACAUGAACCGCUGCCUGCCGGUGCCGGCCACGGCCACGGCCACCGCUCAUCAGAUCGGCGGCAUGCUGAACGGAGGAGGCGUCGUCAGUGCCACUGGCAGCAGCAGCAGCAGUUUCUUCAGGGACAGGGAGAGCGUGCACGGCGGCCAGCAAUUCCACUUCCACGAGCAGUGGCUGAGCCGCUUCCCCGCCGCGCCAGCAGUCGAGCAGAAGCCGCAGCUCCUGGACCCGUCGGCGAUGGCCAUCGCGUUCCAUCAGAACGACGACCAGAGCGUCGCCACCGCUGCCGCUGCCGCUGCGAGCGAGUGCUGCAAGGACGGGUACUACUGGGACGAGAUCGCGAGGUUCAUGGAGGUCAACGAUCCAACGGUGCUUCACGACUGUAGAUACGCUUGAUCGGUAGCAAGUUCAGGCAGAUCGUAGACAGACACCCAGACCCAGGUUAGGUGACCAAGGGAUGAUGCAAGCAUGAGAGACUGGCAAUUUUGCGCACCCUUUUGUGUCUAUUUUCCUGAUCGAAUGUAUU